AUGGCCUGGGCAACAACUUUCUGUGUCUGGGCUCGGUAUGAGACUCAUGGUGACUUUGAUGUCUUUGCACUUGACGCCGCUGGCGUGGGAGACCAAGUUCGAGACCAGUCAGUGUUGGCUUCCUUUGCCAUUUUCGAAAAGAUAUGGUCGGUUCUCAUGGAUUUGACGACCUUUCUGUUGACCUUUUUUGUCAGUCAGUCUUGGACAUAUUGGCAGAACUUUAUUGGCGUUAGUCGUGGUAUCCAAGGUCGAUUUAAUUCCAUUCAAAUGUUGCUGACCUCGCAUGCAGCCAGGGAUGGCAAGACGGGUACCUACACUCCUGAAGCUGAAGCUUUCUUGAGAGACAUGGCACAGCGUUUGAAACUGUUUCACACACUACAUUGGGCAUCUCAAUCUCGUCGAUUUUACCCCCUUUUGACUAAUAAAGGAUGGGAUCGCAUGGUGGUCCGAGGGCUUUUGAGUGAUGAAGAGCGGCAACGACUUCAUGAAUUGAAACUGUCUCCGACCCAAAAACACGUGGGUGUACUUCAGAGUAUGGUAGUGAGAAGUCAAAAGGCAAUGGGAGACAAGAAAGUAACUUGUACACAAGCUUACUUCGAAGAGAAAGUAUUAGAGGAGUUUUGUACGCUGCGAGGGACCUCGGGGACCAUCGCAGAUCUUGUGGCAGGUAGAAUGCCGUUGGCCUAUGUUCACUUUGUAGAAUUACUAGUGGAUUCGUUUUUGGUCUUGGCACCCAUUGCCAAGUAUUCCGAAUUGGGUAUCUAUUCCGUAUUGUUGAUUGGUGUCUUGACUUUCUUUUACCAUGGAUUAUUGGUACUCGCCAAGGUAUUCUUGGAUCCGUUAGACAAUGAGCAAUAUAAAGAAGGGGUCGUCUAUCUUGACUUGGCAGUGCUGCUUCGAGAAAGCAAUGGCGGAAUCGAGAAGUACAUUGAUGCCGCUGAAACGAUUUAA